CUAAGUAACUGAACCAUUGUGGAUGGACCCCCUGCUGGCCUGGUCCACGCAGGUGCAACCAUAUAGAAUCGGCCCAACGCCCAGGGUUCCUGAGCUUUUUUUUCCCCACUGCAGGACCAAGACCCGAACCCUGCCGCUGUGGCCGAGAACGCCGCAUUGAGCCUGCGCACAAAGCCUCUGUGAAAAGGAGAAAGUAACCCCCUAACUAGGCCUAGUGAGGACGGAAGCUGCUGCACAAGUCUGCGCAGGCGCGCCCCAGUGACGAACACUCAUCAGUACGCAGGCGCCCAUCUUAGUUAGUCUUCUUGUCCUGUAAACAGAGGGGCCUGCCCCCGACAGCUUCUGCUUCCGGGUCACGCCUUGACAGCGGCUUUCAACACCCACCUCAGCCCGGCAAUUGGUACCAGACCUGCCGGGAUUGCUGCGAUUUGCUGGGAGCCGGUGCGGAAAGUGACACCGCACGUCCUUGCAUUUCGUACCCUUGCCCCCCGCCCCCUAGUCUCAGCUAGACAGCUGCCGCGACCCCUCCCGCAGCAGCUUCGCAGUAAAUGCCCUUUGGUGUUUUCUCUGGAUCCUGUAGCAAAAGAAAACGAGGGAGACAGGGCGUUCAGCUCUAGCAGAGGAAAGGGCCUUCCAAGGGAAUCAAACCGUACACGGGCUGCUGUCUGGUAGUUUGGAGCAUGUGAACACCCUGAGCCUUGAUGAGUUCCAGUAUGUGGUAUAUUAUGCAGAGCAUUCAGAGCAAAUACUCUCUCUCAGAGCGCUUAAUCCGAACAAUUGCUGCCAUCCGUUCCUUCCCACAUGAUAAUGUAGAGGACCUCAUCAGAGGGGGAGCAGAUGUGAACUGCACUCAUGGUACACUGAAGCCCUUGCACUGUGCCUGUAUGGUGUCAGAUGCUGACUGUGUGGAGUUACUUCUGGAAAAAGGAGCUGAGGUGAAUGCCCUGGAUGGGUAUAACCGAACAGCCCUCCACUAUGCAGCAGAGAAAGAUGAGGCUUGUGUGGAGGUCCUAUUGGAGUAUGGUGCAAACCCAAAUGCUUUGGAUGGCAACAGAGAUACCCCACUUCACUGGGCAGCCUUUAAGAACAAUGCUGAGUGUGUGCGGGCUCUCCUAGAGAGUGGGGCCUCUGUCAAUGCCCUGGAUUAUAACAAUGAUACACCGCUCAGCUGGGCUGCCAUGAAAGGAAAUCUUGAGAGUGUCAGUAUUCUUCUGGAUUAUGGUGCAGAGGUCAGAGUCAUCAACCUAAUAGGCCAGACACCCAUCUCCCGCCUGGUGGCUCUGCUAGUCAGGGGACUUGGAACAGAGAAAGAGGACUCUUGCUUUGAGCUCCUCCACAGAGCUGUUGGACACUUUGAAUUGAGGAAAAAUGGCACGAUGCCACGAGAGGUGGCCAGAGACCCGCAGCUAUGUGAAAAACUGACUGUUCUGUGCUCAGCUCCAGGAACUCUAAAAACACUUGCUCGCUAUGCCGUACGCCGUAGCCUGGGACUCCAGUAUCUCCCUGAUGCAGUGAAGGGCCUUCCACUGCCAGCUUCUUUGAAGGAAUACCUGUUACUUUUAGAAUAGCCCGGAGAAUAUGUUUGCACCAUCAUGCAGGCAACUCUGGAUGAGGUUGUGCCUGCAGUACUCUUUGUCACAGAAAACAGAAAAACAGUUGUUCCUGUUGUGUGGUUUAUAGAUUUUGAAGCAACAUGUCACAACAGUAACCUCCAUAGCACCUCCCCUUCCCAAACCAAACAACCAAACAAAAAAAAUCCCUCACUUUUGUUUUCUGUUUAUUGCUUACUUGGCUUUUUAUAUUGCACUUUGCAGAAGUCUCCCUCAAUCCUCCCCCUUAGGGAAGGAGUCAACAGUGCAACUAAAUUUCUCUGGGAAGAUGGAAAGUACUUAAAGAAUGUGUGUGUGGUUUUCCUUUGGGGACAUGGUUAAUGGUCCAGAAGAAUCCCUUCUAGAAAGCAUUUUAGGCCAGGCAUGGUGGCUCACACCUGUAAUCCCAGCACUUUGGGAGGCUGAGGCAGGCGGAUCACCUGAGGUCAGGA